AUGGUGGUCGAUAGGACAUCUCGAGCGGAGCGAUACUUGUUUCAUCUUCGUUUCCUCCACUCUCGAAUCUUCCUCUUCAGACCCAUGCUCUCCCGCUUCUACUCGAGGAAAUCCGACCCCCAGUCAACAUCCGCCAAACCCCUAAGCCUAAGCGAUCGCCUUCUCAGACAAUGUGCCGGAAUGUGCAUCGAGGCUGCACAAAAAGUAACAUCCCUAAUCAUCGGAUCACUAGAGCCAGACGAAUCUAUUGGUAUUCUUCCCUGGUGGAUUCGAAUCUACUAUCUCCACAUCGCGGGAGCCAUCUUCCUUGCAGCCAUGUUCGAAACGGACCUUUUUACAGACUCGGUUUCUCGAUCUUGGCAUGAUGUCCUGUCGGGUCUCCGUGCACAUGUGCACCUGAGCACAUACGUUCAGCAGUGUAUUUAUACGAUUAUGCAGACGGCGUGUUCUACUCUGGAUGGGGGUAAGCAGCUGGCGGAGGAGACAUCGGGGUGUUGCUUUGAUGAUAUCUUUCAAGAUAUCAGGUUUGAUUUUGAUAACUUUCUCUUUGGGACGGAGGAUUUCGUUGAUGGGUUG